AUGAAGGAGGAGGAGGAGGAGGAGGAGAAAGCUGAGGUCUGGUGGCCGAAGACUCUAGCAGGGAUCCUGGCCUUCCUGCCCUGUGCUCCCGCUACCUUUGGCUCGGCCCCCCACCCCUCUGGCAACGCUCCUGGCCCCUCGAGCCAGAGGGAGAAGAAGGCGUGGAGGCGCUGCGACCGGGCUGGACGGUGGGCGGAGGAGGACUACACCCAGUGCCCGUAUGCCAGUGAGCUAACUCGGGUGCUGCAUGAGCUCAACCUGAUUACAAUAAACACCACCAAUGCUCAGCCGUUAGGCCAGCAGUUGGUGGCUUUCACCAGUAGGGCGGCACACUUCACUGACGUCAUGGACGUCAUCUUUGUCACACACCUGGUGGAGAGACUGACGAGGCUGGUGGAGAAACGCAGAGAUCUGGGGGACUACAUCUCAGACAUUGCCAGUAACAUGAUGCUAGUAGAGGAGCACAUUCUCUGGAUGGCCCAGAAUGAAGCGCGAGCAUGCACUCGGAUCGUCCAGUGUGUGGAGCGCAUCGCUGACCUGGCACUGACGACAGAUAAUCAGGUCAUCUCUAAGGUGUCUCCUAACAUAGCUCUGGAAGCCUUUCUGAUCAGCCCAUCGAACUUUCUUGGGCUCUCCUGCACGGCGCUCCAGCGGCCCUCUCCAUUCGCCCCCGCCCCUCUCUCUGACGGCCACUCCCACUCCGACAAGGGCGCACACAGAGAGCGGGAUGCCAUUGGAGAGUCACUGCUCAACUUCAAGUGUCACACAGUCAACAACAGCACCUCACCGGCGAGUCGUCUCACCAAGGAUUCUUGCUCUGCUCACUCGAAGGACCGAUUGUCUCUCACAAAAAGUGAAGGUGGACGGGUGAACGCGGCAGAGUUGCCUCAGUAUGACACUGAAGCAUUUUAA